UACGGGUCGGCGUUGGGCUCACUGUGCUCGAAACAAAGGAGUCUCCGGUGGGGGACGGGGCGCCGCACCUUCUGACGGGUAACGGGGCUGCGGGUCGGCCGGCGCUGUCGCCGCCGCGCGGUCUCGCUCGGCUUCUCCUUGGUGCCGGACAGCCCGUACCGCGUUGUGUGGGCUGGGGGGGCCGGCGCAGCGGCACCUGCUGCUGAGGGAACCCCACGACCCGUCCAGGUGCUCAUGAUGGGGCUCAUCUUCGCUAAGCUGUGGAGCCUCUUCUGUAACCAAGAACACAAAGUCAUUAUAGUGGGACUGGAUAAUGCAGGGAAAACCACCAUUCUUUAUCAAUUCUUGAUGAAUGAAGUGGUUCAUACUUCCCCAACCAUAGGAAGCAAUGUUGAAGAAAUAGUUGUGAAAAACACUCAUUUUCUUAUGUGGGAUAUUGGUGGUCAGGAGUCCCUGCGGUCAUCCUGGAACACAUACUACUCAAACACAGAGUUCAUCAUUCUUGUGGUGGAUAGCAUUGACAGGGAACGGCUAGCUAUUACAAAAGAAGAAUUAUACAGAAUGUUGGCUCAUGAGGAUUUAAGGAAGGCUGCAGUCCUUAUCUUUGCAAAUAAACAGGAUAUGAAAGGAUGCAUGACGGCGGCUGAAAUCUCUAAAUACCUCACCCUGAGUUCGAUUAAGGAUCAUCCGUGGCAUAUCCAGUCCUGUUGUGCAUUAACAGGGGAGGGAUUAUGUCAAGGUCUGGAGUGGAUGACUUCCCGGAUCGGUGUGAGAUAACUUUUCUGCUUCAAAGAGACUGCUCUAUUUAUUCUGUGACAUGAACAUUUUUUCCUAGUACCUUUGGCUGCUAAGGCAGCAGCAUGUUUAAUUUAUAACAACACAAACCUCUAUGAGCAACACUUGAAUCAAGUGCAGCUGAACUGGACAUAAAAGAUGUUUUUCUUAACUUUUUUUUUUUUUAAAUGCACUAAUAUUCAGUUGGAUAAGUGUUAACUCUGUUUUCUGCAAUGGAAUUCUGACUGCUUAUUCUAAUUACUCAAUGUCUGCCUUGUAAGAAACGUUUG